AGACUGGGUCAGCUUCAGACGGUUCAGAGUCCCAGGAAACCAACAGAGGUUUUUUUUUAUCCCAUCAUUGCCUGCUGGCCCGGUGAGAGUCAGAGAGGAUGUUGAUGAUGAUGAUGAUGAUGAAGAAGAAGGGGUCCAAGUCUCUGGCUGUGGUGGCUCUUCUUCUGGCCUCAGUUAACUGUAUCCUUCCUCCAUCAAAAGAAGAUCUUAACCAGCUGUCACUCCAGGGAGAAAAGUAUCUGGGCAAACAGAUUGAAACCGCUGUUAACGGAGUGAAGGAGAUGAAGAGCGUGAUGCAGAAAUCCUCAGAGGACCACCAGAGGUUCUUGGACGUUCUGGAGAAAACCAAGGAGCAGAAAGAGGAAGCAAUACUUAUGGCUCAAGAGAUGGAGGCCAAGCUGGAGCAGGAGCAGGAGGUUUGUAACGAGACCAUGAGGGCUCUGUGGGAGGAGUGUAAGCCCUGUCUGAAGAACACCUGCGUGAAGUACUACUCCCAAACAUGCAGCAGUGGAUCUGGACUGGUGGGCCGCCAGCUGGAGCAGGUGCUGAACACAAUGUCUCCCUUCUCCAUCUGGAUCAACGGGGAGAACAUAGACGUCCUGGAGCAGGAGGGGCAGCGUCAACGCAAAGAGUUCAAGAACCUGCAAGACAAAUUCACCGAGAUGACCGAUGUUGUGGACAACAUGUUCUCAGAGAGUAUGAAGGUGGCCGAUCAUGUGCACUACAACCCUCCAGUGUUCUUUUUUCCCAAUUUCCUGGCACCGAGGCGAAGCGUUCGCUCUCUCUUCCACGAUCCGCUCCACGGCUUCCAGGACUUGUUCUCCCCCAUGAUGGACAUGGGCAGGAACCUGUUCAGCUCUAUGGGCUCCAUGGUGGACGUCCACCCAGACACAGCUCCCGAUGAAGACGGCAGCGUGAACGAGGACGUGGUCAUCACCAAACCUUUUGCCAACGGCAGGAUGACCUGCAGAGAGAUUCGCCGCAACUCAGCCGGCUGCCUCAAGUUCCGCGAAGAGUGUCAGAAAUGCAAAGAGAUCCAGCAUAUCGACUGCUCCGGGAUGAGACCUCUGGAGGGUCCUCUGAAGGAGGAGCUGGAGGAGGCGUUGGCCAUGGCCGAGCGCUUCACUCAGCAGUACAGCCGCCUCCUGAAGACGUUCAAGGAGCAGAUGUUCAACACCUCCUCGACCCUGGAUCAGCUCAACAGGGAGUUCGGCUGGGUGUCGUCUCUGGCGAACAGCACCAGCACCAAGGACGACGUCUUCCGGGUUCACAUGGUUAACAGCACAAACACUGAGAGGGAAACUCUGCCUGGAGAAACAAAUGUGUCCGUGCAGCUCUUCGACUCUCCACCCUUGAUCUUCAGCGUGCACAGCGACAUCCCCUGGACCGACCCCAAGUUCUCCGAGGUGGUGGCCCAGGAGGCUCUGGACCGCUACAAGGAAACCAGCAUUGUGGUCAAAUAAAGUCUCAACCCGCGCUGUCUCGCUGACAAGUUAAUGUUCUGGACUCAUCGACACACACGAGCGACACCCGACGAUAAACAGACGUGAGAAGAAAUCAAACCUGAAGGCAACACUGGUUCUGUUGGAAACGCUCUUCAAGUCCUGCUUUUGCAAACAACUCAGUUUAACGUGGAAGAUGUAUAUCGUCACAUUAGAGCUCUUUGUCCCGCUGUAAGAGAAGAUGUUCAGUAGAGGUAGAUAGCAGGCCUACUCAUGUCUAUAGUACCUUCAUCAUAAAGGCCUUCAAACAUGUGAGCUGGCUUUGCAAAAAGGGGCCAUAGUACUUAAAUAAGUUCUGCUAGCAUUUCUGUUCAAAUUCAAAAGGUGUGUUUAUCAAAUCUGAAAGGCCUUUUUUCUCUGCAUUCAGCCUUUCUAUCGCAUGAAGAAUAAAAACUGAUAUUUAUUUUGCCACAAUAGAACAAACAUUUGGUUUGUUGCAAAGAUUUGUAGAAAACUAAAGUUUAGAGCAAGUGGAUUUCAGCCGUUUCAGUGACUACAAAGACCUGAUCUCCCCUUGUGUAGGUCUCUAUGUAGCUGUGAUCGGAGUUGGUUGGUUUGCUGGUGGAGAGAUUUAAAGUUGGGGAAUAAGAGUUGAUUAUGUUCAGGAUUGCUUUGAGCCCCUCUGUACAAGAGUCUAUCGUGAAAGAAUAGAGAUUAAUAAAACCUGCUCAACCUA